AUGAUUUAUAUGUGUUUUAAAACUACUGCGAACGUCAAAAUGAAUUAAAUAACAUAUUGUAUGGACACAUAAAUACGAAAAACCCUGAUAUUUUGUGAUAUGUAUGCACGUUUUGUUUAAGAUGUAAGAUCAAUGUUGACAAAAAAAGAUGUUAGAUCAACUAAUUUGAAUCAAAAGAUACUAACAAAAUUUGAAACUCAUGUAUUUGUGUUUUUGUGAACGAAAAUCAAAGUAUUUGUGAACCGUAAAAGUGAUACUGUACUGAAAGUAUUCUGACAGUUUUUAAUAGGCCUGAGAUUUUAAACAGAUCCGAAUUUUCCAAACCAAACAGAACCUGAAUUUGGGGAGUUCGGUUUGAUGUCGGUUAAUAAUGUAAAAUCGAACAGCAAAAUAAUGUUUUGGUUAAUUCGGUUUGGUUUAGCCGACUAAACCAAAUCUUUUUCUUCUUCAUUACGAAACGCCGAUGUCUGGUUCUUCUUCUUCACUAACUCGUCUCAUCAAGAUCUUCUUCUUCAUCACCUCAUCACGAUCUUCUUCUCCACAACCUCAUCUUCUCUUGUUCUUCAUUACAUCAUCUUCUCUUGUGCUACACAACCUCAUCUCUUUCUCCACAGAAUCUUCCGCUUUGUCUUUCUGUAUGGAUUUGUCUUCUUCCAUGAGUGAAUUAACAAGUCUAGUUCUUCAUAUUUUUCUUUUCUUCUCUGAUUAGUUUGAUAAAGUGAGAUUCAUUUUCCACUUCCAUGAGUGAAUUAACGACUUUGGCAACAAAAAGUAUACCGAAGUAAUCACUCCCGAACCGUUGAUUCCAUCGGUUCAAUUAGGUAGUUCUUUUCAAUCCUAAAUAUUCGGAGAACGGUAUUAGACCAUCUCCAAUGGUACACUAAAAUUUACUCUAUAUUUCACUCUAAAAUAGAGUAACUCUAUUAUAGAGUUGGAUUUGAUCCAAUGGUUCACUUUAUAAUAGAGUUACUCUAUAAUAGAGUGGAAUAUAAAGUAAUCUUGUUUUUUUACUCCAAAUAUAGAGUGAAAAAUAAGAUUACUCUAAAUUUCACUAUAUUAUAGAGUAACUCUAUUAUAGAGUGAACCAUUGGAGAAAAUUUAACUCGAUAAUAGAGUUAUUCUAUUUUAAAGUGAAAUAUAGAGAAAAUUAUAAUGUUUCAUUGGAGAUGCCCUUAACCGAACUGAAAUACGUACCCAUAAUAUCCAAAUCCAUAGACUUUUAGUUUUUAAGUUCUUUAUAGCUUCCAAAUUUCAAUAAACCUUGAAAAAAUGGACACUAUAUACGGCCAGAAUUUCAGAUAAAAAUUGCAAUUCUUGAUAAAUUCUUGUUUGACUCUAGCUUCCAAUAUAUAUACAGAGCCGUGCUUGAUGUGCAUUCAAAAAGGCAUUUCCUAUGUUCGAAUCCCUUUGUGUAUAUACUCUUAGAAUAUAAGCUUUUGUAGAAAGAAAAAAAGAAUCACAAACCAAUAAAGAAAUUGUAAUGGCACCCACUAACUAAUAUAUGGUCGUAUAUAUGGUCGUAUAUCUGUUUGUGCAUAAUAUUCUAUAGCCAGUUUAAAAUUUUAUGCAAGUAUAAAUAUAUAAUCAUCAAAGCAUACUAUUCCUCUGUUUAUUUGGUGUGUUUUACAUUUGCUUUAGUUUACUUCUAGCAAAUUACUGACAUAACAUAAAUCAAAAAUAAAUCCUCAGAUAUAACAUAAAUAUAAAAAAAAAAACAAAUACUAAUAAUAGCAAUGACAUUGUACUAAACAACUACAAAAUAUAUUUUUAGUGACUAAAAUUAUCUCAAAGUUAAAAACUUUAUUUUUCACAGUAUUAAAUACUCUGACAUAAAAAAAAAAGAAUUCUGGUAAUUGAAAACUCAAUCUCUUUCUCUUAACAUAAUCACACUUACAACCAAUUGAACACAGAAAAAAAAUUACAUAAAAUUAUAUAUUUUAUAAAAACCGAUACUAAGCGCAGAUCUGCCCUAGUAUAUCAUAAAUAUAUUUACCUUGUUCGUUUUAAAUGACAGAUAUACAUAGUCACAAGCAGAGCCUCAAUUCGUUUACUUUAAUAUCGCAUUCAACAUUCUGCAAAAGUUGUUAUACUACGAUCAGGAACGAUCCUGCCUAUACACACAUGCUUCCCAUUGUAGUAGAAGAAAAUAAAACGGAAUAAAGAUGCUUGAGAAUAUACGAAGAAUGGAAUAAAGAUAAGGCAUAUUAUCACAAGAGCAUCGACCAUAUUAUUUGUAUACAUGGAGGAUUCAUGCUUGCAAACGAUUCCCCGUGGGAAAAAAAAUCAGGUAGAUUUGUCACAAGAAAAAAUAAUUCUCAGUGAGAAAGGAAUAACCUUAACAAUAAUUUCGUUAUUGAAUCUAUUGCUUAUGAUUAUAAUAAUUGGGUUCUUUAGAACACCAUGCUUGUAAAUGAGCCUAUCAAAAGCUCAGGGGGAAUGAACUUCAAAUAUUAUUCAGUUUUUCAUGUAAAUCAUUUUUUAUCCACCCUGCCCCACUUCCCCAUGCAGUGCAGAACAAAUUACUAUAACUUUUCUGGUUAUGAACAUAAUAAAUUAACACUAACAACAUAUCCCCUUGAUGAAAUAACUAUCAAACAUUUAUGAGAGAAAGGACAAAGUAAGAGAGAGAAAGUAGAGAGAAAGUAGAUCUAGGUUUCCGGCGAGCGGCCGGCGCGUAUGCGCACAUGCCGUUGUCGGAGACCCUCGUAUGGCCGUCUGUUCUUUUGUGUCCAUGUCUUUCCGUUGUCCUCUCCCGGCUUGCCUUGCCUGAGCUCUGGUUGUAUCAACGUCCGGUUGGCGCUAACUCGUUGAGUGAAACGACAUCAACGGUGUUUGGGAUACCGGUGUGAAGGCGCAGUCGUGUGGAGGCGGAAGUUAUUUACCGGGGGAUGGAGGCUACCAAAGCCCCGUCGUCGGCUCAUGUCUCCGGGGGGUGGUUUGGCUUCUUCAGCAACGCUUCGUCGGUCUUGUCUCCGGGGGGUACAGGCUUCCAUAGCCGUGCGUCGUCGGAUCUAGUGGAGUUAAGUGGUGGUCCGCCCAAGGUUCGGGUCGGGAUUAGGGGUUUGUGUGUGGUUACUUGCGGCUCUCUUAAGACGGAGGAGAUCUCAAAGAAGAUCGAUGAUGCUCUCCGCAUAGAGGUAAGAAGGUUUGAAGAAAAGUGGUUUCGGUGGUGGCUCUAUGGUUCGAGCGUCGGCGAAACGAUGGUGACGACGCUCAAGAGAAGAAGAGCGGUGGUUCUCGGCUCGCCUGUCUAGGGUUUGAUGCGAUUCAAAGUCGGAGGAGACCUCUUUGGAUAGAUGGAACUCCCCGGCGUGAAGAUGGAGCGGUGAAGAACGGUUAGGGUUUCGUCGGAGGCUUGUCAGUAUUUGAGCUCUGGCGAAACGAGGGGUGUCGGUGAAAAGUUCCGGCGGGUUUGCGAAUCGGUUGCGAUCAAGUCGAGGCGGACGACGCGUGUCACACUGAUGCUCCAGAUCUCUACACGUGUGUCGAUCCCCAGCCUCUUUGACUCGCGUAUCGGGCAAGCUGCCCGGUCUCCUUCGUUUGGGCCGUAGACCAUUUUCCCUGUUAUUUGGGCCUCAGCCGUAAAAACUUGUAACCCAUGUAGUCAUUGGGCUUUUUGUUUAGGUUCCUGUGUACUGUGGAUUUAUGCCGACUGGGUUUGGCCCUUUUGAUUAAUAAUAUAACAAUUUGAGGGGAAAAAAAUAACUAUCAAACAAACUGUGGUGAUAGUUGGUAUGUCAAAUGAAAUGGAAUGCAGAAUAAAAGAUGUACUGUAUUCUUUAUUAAAAAUAAUGAAAAAUAUUCUGAUUGCAUGAAUCUUCUUGUGAAUUUAAGUUGACCCACAGCAUACACACACAAAACCCAUACACACGCCCAUAUGUAUACUUUAUCACCUUAAAACAUACUGCCAUUCUACAAAUAAUAAAAGGAAAUAAAAUUUAAAAUUUAAAACAUUAAAUAUAUACAUGCACUUGAUGUUUUCUUAUUUCCUUCUUGUCUCUCUAUAUAUACACGCUAUUGUCACACACGUUCACACAUACAUUUCAUACAACAUUACCAAAUCUCUCUCUCUCUCUCUCUCUUCAUUCUCAAAUUUCACAACUUUCUUGUGAUUUCUCUAAUAUGGAAGCUGUGAGUAGUGUUGAUGAGAGCUCAACAAGUACUGUAUCCAUCCACACUUCGGCCAAGAUUAUACCGCCGCCGACGACGGCGAAGUUGUCAUCUCCGGCGAGUUUAUACAGAAUGGGAAGCGGGUCAAGCGUGGUUCUUGAUUCCGAAAACGGCGUCGAAGCAGAAUCAAGAAAGCUCCCGUCGUCAAAGUUCAAAGGCGUCGUCCCUCAGCCAAACGGAAGGUGGGGAGCUCAGAUAUACGAGAAGCACAAGCGCGUGUGGCUCGGGACAUUCAACGAAGAAGAAGAAGCGGCGCGUGUCUACGACGUCGCCGCUCACCGUUUCCGCGGCCCUGACGCCGUCACUAACUUCAAACUAGACGCGACGUUCCGUAACGGUGACGGAGAGGAAGUAGAGUUCUUAAACGCACAUUCGAAAUAUGAGAUCGUUGAUAUGUUGAGGAAACACACUUACAAAGAAGAGUUAGAGCAGAGGAAACGCAAACGUAACGGUGGUAACGGAGACACGAAAGAGACGGCGUUUGCUAACGUUACGGUUGUGACGGGGUUUAAAACGGCGGAGUGUCUGUUUGAGAAAACGGUAACGCCGAGUGACGUCGGGAAGCUAAACCGUUUAGUGAUACCGAAACACCAAGCGGAGAAACAUUUUCCGUUACCGUUAACCGGCGACGACUCCGUGAGAGGGACGCUGUUAAAUUUCGAAGACGUUAACGGGAAAGUGUGGAGGUUCCGUUACUCGUACUGGAACAGUAGUCAAAGCUACGUGUUGACUAGAGGUUGGAGCAGGUUCGUUAAAGAAAAGAGACUCUGUGCCGGUGAUUUGAUCAGUUUUAAAAGAUCUAACGGUCAGGAUCAAGAGUUGUAUAUUGGGUGGAAGUCAAAGGCUGGGUUGGAACAGGAUACGGGCCGGGUUGUAGUGAGAUUGUUCGGCGUUGACAUUGCUUCGAUUAAGUCUCGAAAAACGAUGUCGUAGUGAAGGAAGAAACGGAGAUGUCGUUGAGUAAUAAGAAGCAACGCCUUGUAACUACAAUUUAACAACUCUCGUUCUUUGUUUUUUUCCUUGUAAUUUCUUGGAAACAAAUUAAAUUUCGUGGAAACAAAUUAAAUUGUCUCUGUUAAAUUCUUCCGAGUCAAGUGAGUGGUGAACAUUGUAAGUUUCUUUUUUCCUUUUUUCUCCCAAAUUUAUAUGCAAUUUGAUGUGUUUCAAGGAUUCAAGAACUUAAAACACACA